GAAAAAGAUUUCCCGAGUUUACAUGAAUGCAUCACGGAGCGGCCGGGCGGGCACGCGCUGGGAUGCGUCGCGAGCGAGCGCGGGAAGGAAAAAAGGAGAAUAGAGAGAGCGACCUCCACUAAACAGGUGGUCCGAAAGAAAGAAAGAAAAGGCAGAAAGACAGACAGCAAGCAAGCAUGUCGUGCAACCCGGGGGGACGCGAAAAGACGCUUUAACGGAAGCACCACCGAACGAACCGAGGAAAGAUCCACCUCCAACCCCACCGUGGUCGCCCUCCACCUCAUGCCGCUUGUGGACUUCUUGGGAUUCCUCUCGCCGGGCUUGGGAGCAUCGAGCGAGCGCGGACGGAGACCAUGAAAGUGACUGUGUGCUUCGGACGGACGCGCGUUGUUGUGCCGUGCGGGGAUGGCAACAUUCACGUGUACGCGCUCGUCCAACAGGCCGUUAUGAGGUAUAAAAAGGCCAUCGCCAAGGAUGCCAGCUACUGGCUUCAGGUGCACCGUCUCGAACAUGGCGAUGGCGGCAUUUUGGACCUGGAUGACGUGCUCUGCGACGUAGCGGACGACAAAGACCGGUUGAUCGCCAUUUAUGACGAGCAGGAGCCCCACCAUGGCGGCGACGGCACGAGCACCAGUUCCACGGGCACCCAAAGCCCAGACCUAUUUGCCACCGUCGACCUCGUCACAGGCGGUGGCGGCGGCGGCGCCUCAGCCUUCCAACCCUACCAGGCGGCCAGCGAGAUCGAAGUCACGCCGUCGGCCCUGCGCACUAAUAUGCCCCUGCACGUCCGCCGUAGCAGCGACCCCGCCUUGAUGUGUCUCAACGGGCCAUUUAGCGGCGGUGGUGGCAAUUCGCGGGUCCAAGCGGAAGAACCGCCAUCACGGAAGAACCCGACCCGAUGGUCCACCACCGCCGGGUUCCUAAAAGCCCGCCACGCCUCGGGCACCAAUAGCCUGGAGAGGAAGAGUAAAGGCUUAGACACUUAUCGAAGCCUGCCAAGAGAUGGGACGUGGGCCAAUCAGAGAGACUUUCAGAGGGAGACAGCGCGCUCGUCCCUCAGCGCCAAUCACCCCAUGGUGGACCGAUGGCUAGAGAGGCAGGAACAGGAGGACGAGGCAAGAGAGCAAGAAAAUGGCCGGAUUGAGCCAGCGGGCCGAGCCGACUCGUGCUUGGACCACACUGCCACCACCGCCAGAUCUCUUGAAGACCUAAUCAAAGUGGUGGAGGUGACAAACGAUGGUGGCCCGCUGGGAAUCCAUGUGGUGCCCUUCAGUGGCAGGGACCGAAGGACUCUUGGCUUGUUGGUUAAGCGUCUGGAACGCGGUGGCAAAGCCCAGCAACAGGCCCUCUUCCAGGAGAACGACUGCAUUGUUAGAAUCAAUAACGGGGACCUGCGCAACAUCCGCUUUGAACAGGCCCAGAGCAUGUUCCGCCAGGCCAUGCGUUCUCCCGUCAUCAUGUUCCACGUGGUGCCAUCUUCGGUGAAAGCCCACUACGAGCAUCUGUCCCAGGUCGAGAGAAACCCGGCGUACUCGUCAGGCCGCUUCACCGCUGACUCGGCAUCCAGUGCCACGGAUCUCACGCCUCACAGGAUGUCCCGACACGGCUCCCAGAAACAAGCGCGCACUCAUCCGCAUCCAGAGCAGACGGACGGCUACACGCCCGCCGCCGCUCACCCGACAGCCAUUUCUGCCGCCAAACCUCCCACCGGACAGAUUCACUCACCGCAGAGGGGGCUGACAUCCACCCCCACGCCGACAUACAACAAGAAGGUCGGGAGAAGGCUCAACAUUCAGCUUCAGAAAGGGCCCGAAGGUUUGGGCUUCAGCAUCACGUCGCGCGACGUCCCCAUCGGGGGCUCGGCGCCCAUUUAUGUCAAGAACAUCCUUCCGCGGGGAGCCGCCAUUCAAGAUGGACGCCUCAAGGCAGGUGACCGAUUACUCGAGGUGAAUGGGAUCGACCUGAAUGGACGCAGACAGGAGGAGGUGGUUUCCAUCCUCAGGGCCACUCCAAUGGGGGGCACUGUGGGGCUGCUGGUCCUCCGCCAGGAAGACACCUUCCUCCCCCAAGAAGCGCAGGGCGGCGAGGCCCAGAUGCAGAUGCAAAGCCCCAGAGAUUUGAAGCCGGAGGAGGACGAGCUCGUGCUGACGCCUGACGGCACACGUGAGUUUCUGACCUUCGAGAUCCCGCUCAGCGACUCGGGCUCGGCGGGCCUGGGCGUCAGCGUCAAGGGGAACCGGUCUAAGGAGAACCACGCCGACCUCGGCAUCUUCGUCAAGUCCAUCAUCAAUGGAGGGGCCGCGUGCAAGGUCCAGGACGGUCGUCUCCAUGUGAACGACCAGCUGAUUGCUGUCAACAGCGAGUCACUGCUGGGCAAGACCAACCAGGACGCAAUGGAGACGCUGCGCAAGUCCAUGUCCACCGAGGGAAACAAGCGUGGCAUGAUUCAGCUCAUCGUGGCCAGGCGUGUCGGCAAGAGGAGCCAGGAGCCACCGGGGGGUCCGCUGGGACCUCAGCAGAGCACCAACUCUUUAUCUCUGGACGAGCACGAACGUCGGAUCUCCCAUUCGCUGUACGGCGCUCUGGAGGAUCUGGAUGACAACUUGAUGCCCCGACAAGGCCUUAUGCCACGCACUGUUGGCAACUACCAGCUAUCUCCCACCGUCAACAUGCCACAGGACGACACGGUCAUCAUAGAGGACGACGGGCCGCCGCUCCUCCCUGCUCAUUUGUCCGACCAGUCGUCGUCCAGCUCCCGCGACGACGUCGGCGGAAGCGGCGGCGACGUUACGCCAUCCUGGGCGCAAGAGAGCCCCGCUCCUAAGGACAGCUCACAGAUUGCGGGCGAGAGCCUCGCCAACGCAGACGCCGCCUUCCAGCGAGAAGGUUUCGGCCGCCAGAGCAUGUCGGAGAAGCGCACCAAACAGUUUGGCGACGCCUCGCAGCUGGAGAUCAUCAAGACGCGCAAGUCCAAGAGCAUGGACCUCGUAGCCGACGAGAUUAACCUCAACCCUCGUCCUGACGCCGGCACAGGCUCGUCCACGAGGGAUGUGGGUCCGUCGUUGGGCCUGAAGAAGUCCAGCUCCCUGGAGAGUCUCCAGACAGCCGUUGCCGAGGCGACGCUCAACGGCGACCUGCCAUUCCACCGCCCUCGUCCUCGCAUCAUCCGGGGCCGCGGCUGCAACGAGAGCUUCCGCGCCGCCAUCGACAAGUCAUAUGACCGGCCAGCCGCCACGGAGGACGAAGACGAUGGCAUGGAGACCCGUGUUGGGCCGGUUGACGUACCCCGGCGAGGACCUCGGUUACCACUGGAGGAAGACACCGAGGAGAGUUCCCGUUCAGGUCGAGAUUCCGUGUCCACGGUGGCCGAGUUGACGCCGCUGUCACCGGGCGGCGAAAGGACGACGGCGACAAUGGUCAACGGCAAUGUGAGAGCCAAAGAUGACAAGAAAAACGACAAAGGUGGCAGGGACAAGAAGAAGGGGGACACGCAGAAGGAAAAAGACAAGGACAAGGGAAAAGCCAAGAAGGGAAUGCUCAAAGGACUUGGAGACAUGUUCAGGUUUGGGAAGCACCGCAAAGACGACAGGAUGGAUCGCAAAGGUUCCAGCAAAUGGCGGACAGAGGAGACGCAAGUUUCGGAUGAGGAGACGCUGAAGAUGAGGAUGGAACAAGAAAGGAUCCAGGCCAAGACACGAGAGCUGCGUGAGCGUCAGGCACGGGAGCGGGACUACGCCGAGAUCCUGGAUGCGGGUCGAUCUCCGGAGAGGUCCUCUGAAGACGAGCACCUGUACGCCGGCGUCAGCCCACUCAACAACGGCGGGCACGGCAGCCCCCGCGGCAACUGCCAUGCCGCCCGCGAUGACCACGAGCACUACCCCUGCUUAAAUGCUCACCAGCACUUGGACUCCCUCUACACACAAGUCAGCAAGGCACGGCCCGAAAGACCGCCCUCUGCAGACAGCAACCGCGUGGCCCCAAGCAACCACGACCGGAUACAGCGGCUGAGGCAGGAAUUUCAGCAGGCGCAGAACGUUCCCGACGCCGACGCUGAUGACGACCGCAGGCGCGCGUUCGGCUUCGAGCAGCCGUGGUCCAACGGGCCCAGCGCGGCGGCCGGGCACCAGCCGGGUCGUCACUCGGUGUCGGUAGAGGUUCAGAUGCAGCGUCAACGGCAGGAAGAUUCUUUUGCUCAGGCUCAGCGGCAGUACAGCUCACUGCCACGCCAACCCCGGAAGAAUCCCAGCUCCAUCUCUCAGGACUCUUGGGAAAAGUCGUACCCGGCCGGGGAGGUCUUCCAGACGGCCAAGGACAAUCCUCGCUACUCCAGCUACCAGGGCUCCCGCAACGGCUUCCCCAGCGUGGCCAACGUCAACGCCAGGGUCCUCCUCGAGGCGCAGGAGCUCCUCCGGCAAGAGCAGAGGCGGCGAGAGCUGGAGGCCAAGGACCGGGCCUCCCCCAGAGACGUGCUGGCCUCCCCGGUGGCAUCCCCCAAAGGUCCGUACCGCCACGACGUGCCACCUUCGCCCUCGCAGCUCGCCAGACUCAACCGCAUCGGCUCUGAGAAAGGACGACUCUUUUAUUCUUGAGGGUUAGCCCCCACCUUAGCCUGGCAUCCGAGGCGUCCAUUUUGUGACACGCUUAUCGCCGGCAUCCGUUCUGUGAACCCAAAACUGUGCGGCCCGUUGUUCGAACCCCCUCCAGCCAUGGCUUGACACGCACAAUCGGUACCUUGUCUUCAUUUUUGUUCCUGGCGACAGUUGUCAGAUUUUUUCGUUUUCCGGCUCAGUGCUAGGCUAACAUGCUAGCCAGCCCGAAUAGAUCGUUCACAUGUGAAGUCACUUCCGCUUUGUUUUUGUUUGGGUUUUUCCCCGCUCACCAUCUUGUGUGGAUAGCAUUCAACUGUUUGCAUUUGAUUGCAUAACACGCCUCUGGGUUGUUCUAAAAAUGGCGCACUCUUGCUGCGUCAUUGAGUGGUAUAACCGAAGAUAAUUAUGCACCUAGGCCAGGAAGGAGACUAAAGAAAUUUUUUAAAACACGGCAAGCGAAGUGGCAGACUGCCGUGACCAAUCUAUAAUUUGGGUUCCUGUGUGCAGCGAUCGCUUUGUCAGCACUAAAUUAGCUUAUCUUUAAGAUCGUAGUGAUUAUUUUAUAUCGACAAAAUGUAAAAAAUCUCAUGAAACAAUAUUAAACUGCAAGCCGCUAAUGUUUUGGAUUCAUUAGCAAGCUAGUUGGCUAGUGCAAGCCUGCUAGCGGAUGUGUCUUGAGGCAAACGCCGAUCGCUGCUAUUCAUACAAGCCAAUAAUAGUAAAUUAACAACACCCGUUGGUUUAGCUACCUGUGCGACAACUUAAGUAGCUUCUUCACACAUGAUUUUGAAGUUUACACGCUGUAUCCAUCCACUAAGGAAAUCGUUGUAAUCUUCCAGUGAAUUUGUAAGCUUUCAUCUGGCGUGUGUUACUGAGCAUGUUGUCAACACCAGAUAGGAAACAAUGUCGGGACCUCCGGCAAAAAAAUCAAACCUUGGACAGCGUGUAUGGGUUAUCCAGAGUAACUUUCUGUCAGCAUUGCGAGUUGUGGAUCAACUCGAAAGUCAUCAAAAUACUUGGAAAUUGCCAUCGUAAAACUAGUUGAUGAUCGCUGUUAACAGCUCUGUGUGCAUGUGUACAGCACAUGUGUGUAACCUCCCACGGUGGCAGCGCCAGCAAAAAAAGAGACCUCCCAGAAUGCCUUGCUGUGAGAUGCGUACAAGUGACCUAAAGUGAUAUUUGAUCUACUUGCGCUUCAUCCUACCAAAUUAAAUGAAUAGGAAAAAAUGUGCACAGUGGAGGCUUUUAAUAUUAUUUGCCACCUCAAGGCUAAGCCUACCAUGCUCAACAGCAUGUCUACGUUCAGUCAACUUCCUAUCCCAAGGAUGUUUCAUUUUUGUUUUCCGUCUCAAUGCUAUGCUAACACCGAGAUGUUCUCGAUCAGAGUACAGCGGCGGAUUUGUGAUGUUUUUUUUUUUUUUUCUCUUCAAUACUAUGCUACAUUGACUUUCUGUUCUUCAUUCCUCGGUUCUCCCUAUAGAAGAGAAAACGAACAGUGUUGUUGGCUUCCGUGUUGAUAACCGAUUCAUCGCCA